UCAAAAUCCUUAAUUCUUACAGGUUCCAAGAAAUCAGAACCUUGGAUUCAAAAGAAAUUUAAUGACAGUUUUGCAGAAAACACCAUAACUUCUUUGAAUGAUAGUUAUCCAGUUUCUGCUUGGGUAGAAUACUCUUUGAAAGCUCCCAAAGAGAAGACCAGCCCACACAAAAGUAACCCCAGUUUUCCCAAGCUACUUUUUGCCUCAUUGCUGGUACUUCUGCUGCUAUUGGCAAUCUCAUUUUUUAUCACUUUUAUCAUUUUUUUUCAAAAAUAUUCUCAGCUUCUUGAAAAAAAGACUACAAAAGCUCACACAGAAUUGGAAUGUAUGAAAGAAAAUUGGACCAUGGAAGAGAAAGAUUGGAGCUGCUGCCCAAAGGCUUGGAAGUCAUUUAGUUCCAACUGCUACUUUAUUUCUACUACAAUAAGAAAUUGGACUGAGAGUGAGAGGAACUGCUCAGAAAUGAAGGCUCACCUGCUGGUGAUAAACACCAAGGACGAACAGGAUUUUAUCUUCCAGAACCUGGAUACAUAUUCUGCUUAUUAUAUAGGGCUGUCAGACCCAAAGGGAAAAAGAGAUUGGAAAUGGGUUGAUCAAACACCAUACAAUGAAAGUGUCACAUUUUGGCACUCGGGUGAACCCAGGAAUCUUGAUGAGGGUUGUGUUAAGCUACAUUUUCGUUAUCUAACAAGAAAAUGGGGCUGGAACACUGUUCCUUGUAAUGGACAUCACAAGUCGAUGUGCAAGGUGAUGAAGAUCUACUUAUGA